AUGAUUAUAUAAUAAAAUGAAGAACAGGAAAUGUUUCAACAAUAAGAGUCCAAUGACACUGAGUAAAAAUUAAAGAGCUCCUAUGUAUCCAACGAAUAUCUUGAAGCUGGAGGCGGUAGUCCAUAAAACUCAGUCGAUUUGAAGUAAUUCAAGGCUCCUUAAAUCAAUCAAUUACCGAAAGUAAUGGUUAAUGCAAGCAGCUACCAAUCAAUUCCUAUGAGUUCUCAACUCAGAUAUCAAGAUGAUUAGCAAUCCCAAAAAAUGAAAACUGGGCCCAGUGAUCAAUCAAAAAUUACACCUGGCUAUACUAAAUACAUGAUUGAAGAAUCGAAUUAACAAUAUGAUUACGUGAGGGGAAUGUUCACUGAGGAUGAAAUCAAAGAGGCAUUCAAUUUCUUGGACAUGAAUAAAGAUGGAGGUAUAACAUCUGAGGAUCUCUCAUUCUUCUUGGAUUUCAUUGGAGAAAAGGCAACUAUAGAGGAAAUCGAAGAAAUGAUAAGAAUGUGUGACAAAGACGGAAGUGGAGAAGUAAAAUUUGAAGAUUUUAAAAAUCUAGCUGGAGGAUGGUCUUUGCCAAUCUUAGGUUAAGCUCAUCCACCAACAAAAGAAUUAGUGGAAAAGCGUACUUAAAUCAAUCAAACCAUGAUGGAAAAAGAGGUUCAAGAAGUUGCCAGAAAAGGCAAAAUAACACCGCAAAUGGUAGAACAAAUCAGAAAAAAUGAAUUAACAAGUCCAAGAUUUGGCCAAGAUGAAUAAUCCAAACUUAUGUUCUAGUCAAUUAACAACAUAGCAUCCUAAAAGAAAUAACGACAAGUGAUAGGGUAGAAUCUCAAGGUAAUUCGAUCCGAGGAAGGCUAAAUAACUUAAUAAACUAAACAAAAAUCAUCUCUAAGUCAAAGGGAAAUCAUGCUGCAAAGAAAAAAUAACGCUAUGAGGUUUGUCAAAGAGAAGAAGAUCGAUCAAGCCUAUAUCUUGGAUCUCUUUGAAAAAAUUAAUAAACUUGAUAUUAUGGAAUCUUGUACCUAUGAGGAUUUCAUUCAUUAUCUUGACAUUUUAGAUAGUAAUAAUAAAACAAUAUUAAAGAUCACCAAUCAAAAUUGCUAUUUAAUUCAAUGAAUGAAAAUCCCGUAAGAGAAGAAUAUGUAAAAAGUUCGGAUAAUGUCAUUGUUGAUUAAACUGUCAAUCUAAAAAACACUCUUCUUACUUUAUUAGGCUAAACCAAUUGCAGAAAACACGACAAACUUGAAAUAGCUUACUUACUCUAAGAUUCUAAUCAGCAAGGGUAUAUUUUCUUAGAUGAUCUGAUAUCUUUGCUAAUCAAUUUGAAUUGCAUCUCAGAAGUAGCUAUUAUUGAAUAAAAAAUAUUGAAAAUGACAGCCAAAAAAGGAUUGAAGAAUAGAAAGGAUACAAUAAAAAAAGAUAUCUAUAUUAGUAUGGUAAAUGAAUAUGGAUAGGUUUUUGAACCAAUCUGA